GCCUCCCAGGGGCUGGGUUAUGCCUGCGGUCGCCGGCGCUGUUUUUGCUAAAAUCCGGCGCAAAAUCAGCUCGUGGGGGCGUGACUAGGACCAUUUUUUUACGCCGGUGCUAAAAAAGCGUUUGGGGUGUCUUGGGGAGCCUAGUGGAGAUGCUCUUAACCCCCGGCGUGGCCACUGGCCAGUUUGUUUAGAGCAUCUCCAGCCGCGUCCCUAACAGGCCCUUCACAUAUGAAUUUUUAGCGCCGGCGGAUGAAAAUCGGCACAGUCGCGCCCUUACGAGUCUUUUUUCGCCGGGUUGGGCUGAAAUAACAGCCGGCGCGCUGGGGGACGCCUUGGGGCGCCGACACAAGCGAAAAGUGGUGUGGGGCCGCUCUGUCGGCGAGUUGAGAGCCUUUUCCCGCCGUUUCUUCCCGCUUUCCCCCCACUCAUUCUCUCCAUUCCUCCCGCCAAUCUUCCUCCCGCUCACCUCCCAGCCGGCCGCCAUGCCGCCGAAGAAGUACGCGAUCCCCCGCGCCGCGACAGCUGCAACCGCCGGCAUCGCCCAGCCGAAGCAGAGGAAGCCGAGGGCGCCGCCGUCCAAGCCACCGGGCAUGUCCAACGCCGAUUGGAGGGCGGAAGUUCAGCGCAGGGAGGCUGUGACCACCGACCGGCGGAACAAGGCCAACGCCAAGAAGGCCCGGGACAGCGUGCCGCUCGCGGCGGCGACGGCGGCGGAGCAAGCCGAGGCGGCUCGCGUGGGGAUGAUGAAUCCACCCAGCGGCCACGCCCAGUACGCGCCAUGGAGCCAGCAAAGUGUCGGCUCUCCAGCCUGCUUCUCGUCGUCGCCGCAACCCUGGGGAUGCACGCCGUCGCCGACUACACCGACGGGGACGCGCACUGUGGGUUCAGCCCCAACGUCACCUUCCCCCAUGUACACCCGGCCCAGCGCACGCCCUCGCCCGCCUUCGCCGGCGUGCAGUACCCUCCAUACAACUACUCGCCGCCGACCUACGUGUCCUCCCCGACGCCCCCUCUCCGCCGUGGCGCGCUGCCCUUCUCGCAAGCUUCCACGUCGCACCUCGGCGACACCGACGCGACCGAAGCCGAUAUGGAGGACAUCAUCACGGCAGGCUCGGCCGCGGCCGCCGCGUCCCCCAGGUUCGCUAUCCAGGACGACACGGUGGACCUCAGCGGCGGCAUGGACGGCGAGCUCGAGUACGGCGAGGAGGAGCCGGACGAGCAGGAGGAGGAGGAGGAGGAGCCGGCGCCUGUUCCGGCGAGGGGACGCAAGAAGAAGAAGGGGGCGGCCAGGACCGGCGGCCCGCCGUGUGAUGCGUUGCGCACGCGUCCUUUCUUUUUUUGUACGCCGAACUAUUUAUCCGAUCGCCGAACUGUGGCCGCAGAUCGCCGGACUUGUGGCGUUUUUUGUGAGUGGGAAUGACCAAGUUU